GAUUCAGAUUCCCUUAUUCUCUUGCAUCAAUUUCUCGUUCCACGCUAUCAUCUCAUCUCUCCCCGCUUUUCAGAUCCUCAUUAAAUUUCUCAUCAUCUCGUUCUUCUCGCCAUCAUAUCGUGGUCAAAGCCACCGAUGACUCUUCCAACCUAUCCGGUGAUGAUCCUUUUCGAUCUUUCCCGUGGUUCCAAUCCGACUCUGGUUAUUGAAGGGUGCAGUGCUUUUUGGAUUCAUGGCAUUUGGUACUUUUUAAGUUUUAAUUGAUCGAUAACUGAGAUUGCCUUCAUCAGAGUAAGAAACAGAAGGCAGCAAAGAGAGGGAGAAAGAGAGCAGAACCAAGACGGAAAGAAGGAGAGACAGGACAAGUUCCUCCACUUCUUCUUCUACUUAUAUGAGUGCUUGCUUCAUCUGGGUCAUCACAGACACACACAAAUAGAAGAAAGAAAAGAAUGAAACGGAGUUGAGGGAGAAGGGAGGAGUGACCGAAACUUCAAUUUUGUGUGGCUAGGAUUUUUAAUUCAAGGAAGAAGCACAAACAGAAUUUUGAACUUCAAAAGAGAAAUUCAAUGGGUUCAUGAGGAUAGAAUUACAUUGUUCACCGCUGAUGGACUGGUGCAGAUUGGAGGCUCCAUCACCCCUCGCCAUGUUAGCUCUUCAGAUGUAGUACCGAAGACUAUUGGAAAAGAUAGGAUGCUGCUCAAGUAAUGGCUCAGUUAGUAUGGGAAGGACUUGGACUCGGAGGAGGGACAGAUGUCCGAAACUGGGGCAGCCUGGUUUAUCAGGCUAUUUCAAUAGCAAAUAAUGCAUGCUGGGCUAUUGGAGAACUUGCAGUUAAG